ACUCCAAAAUAACUGAUAAAUGCAUUUGCCUUAGUGCAAGCUGAUUAAAUACCAAUCGAAACCGCGAACCUGGCUGAUGACUUAAUUCAGAGCUCGUCAUGCGAGUCGAUCAAUCGUUUUGAUGUGUGAAUUUGUGAGGCUCAAACCAUACUCAUCUCAUGUUAAGCGCACGUUUCUGACGGUAGUAGGUGUUUGAAUUUUGUCAGUAGCACAUCUAUCUACAUAUAGGCAACAAGUAAGCCUGCUCCCGGUUUGUUGUACAUUUUCGUUUGUAUUUCGGGGCCGAACCUCUUUUUUGAUAUCAAUCCAUCAGCUCCUGAUAAGUGAGUUCUAUAAAAAGCGUGCCCUGUAAUGCUCGCUGGCAGGAAUUAGGUCCAUUCCAAGCUUAACCGCAGUCUCUCUCUUUUGCGGGCUCGUCCAUACUACCACUAACUCUGCUCUUUCCGCACGAUAAAAAUAUCGCCCUCCAGCGCACAGAUCAUGACCGUCGUCAGUCGCAUUUUGAGCGCUUCCAGUAAGAUUCUCCUGUUGCCAUCGCGAAGCAUUGCCACAACAUCGGUGUCGUACAUAAAGCCCAGUGCCCUCGUCCAGGUAGCCCAAAGCACUAGCAGACUCCGGAACGUAACCAUGCUGACCGAACGUAAGCCUUUUUCGCCGGAUUUCUUCUUCCGACAGCUUUUUGACGAGAAAUCAUGGACCUACAGCUACCUCCUAGGUGACAUCAACUCCAAAGAAGCGGUUCUCAUCGAUCCGGUACUGGAACAAGCCAAGCGUGAUGCCAAACUUGUGCAAGAAUUGGGCUUUAAUCUUACCUAUGCCUUGAACACCCACAUGCAUGCCGAUCACAUUACCGGCACUGGAUACCUCAAGCAGCUACUCCCCGGAACGAUUAGUGUCAUCUCCGAGGCUAGUGGAGCCAAGGCGGACAAAUAUCUGAGGGACAAUGAGGUGGUCAAGUUUGGACGGUUUGAGCUGAAGGCUAUGAGCACCCCGGGCCACACCAAUGGAUGCAUGACUUAUGUCGUCGAAGAACAGGGCGUUGCAUUUACCGGAGACACACUGUUGAUUCGUGGCUGUGGACGUACCGAUUUCCAGGAAGGUGAUUCGCGCACCCUGUACAAAUCGGUCCAUGAGAGGAUUUUCACCCUGCCGGAAAACUUCCGACUUUUCCCGGCUCAUGACUACAAGGGUAACAUGGAGACCAGCGUGGCCGAGGAAAAGCAGUACAACCCUCGCCUUACGAAGGAUAUUGACGGCUUUGUGGAAAUAAUGGCCAACUUGAACCUGCCUUAUCCGAAAAUGAUCGACAAAGCUGUGCCCGCCAACCGUGAAUGUGGCCUUUACGACAUCCCCAAGGAAGAGUGAAGCAAAAUCCGAAUGAAGUGUCUUCAUUCAAUGGAACGUCUACUUAUGAUCCGAAGCAAUAUCAUACAUUGACGCAGUAUUUCUUGUUCGUUUUUGAAUGUUGCUCACAUUUUCAGGUUAAACAUACUAAGGUUCGUUACAAUUUUUAUUUUUUCAUACACAACUUGAAAGAUUC